GCUUCACCAAGCUUGCCCUUCGUCCUGGCGAAGUGGAGGUAGCAGUUGUGAAGUUCCGGGCCCAGGAGGCCACCAAGCAGUGGAGUGAGACCCAGAGAUCUUGGGUGGUGGAGCCGCGCUGCGACGUGCUGGUUGCAUCAUCUGGGCAGGAGCAGUGGCGAACUGCUUUGUACAUAGCUUCGCCAGAAAUUGCUUGA